UACACUUAUGCCGACAACGUACUGUACGAUGUUUCAACUACCUAUUUAACAACAACUACGGUAUAAUAUAAAGUGUUUAUGAAAGUAUUUGCUUACCGUUAGCCAGCCAGUAAUCUUUAGCGAAAGAUCGCACCUGUUGCAACUGCAAACACUUUUCAUUCACCACCCACAAGUCGUAAUUUUAUAAAUUAUCGACUGUAAAUUAACUCGACGUUUUGUACCAUCUUGAGUCGCUGUAUUGGUUAGACCGGACUACAAUACCGAACAUCCAGUUUUGAUUGUAACAAACUUUAUCAGUGGCAGAGCUAUAGUGUUUUAUGUGCAACGCAUUUCAAAAUUUAGUUUUAUUAUUUGGAUGAAGUUGCCAAUAUGGCGUCGCAGAUAUAUGUGAUAUUAUUUCUGUGUGCCGUGAAGUGGUAUUCCCGAGUUUCCGCUCUUGACAACGGCUUAGCCCUCACUCCACCGAUGGGAUGGCUUGCAUGGGAACGCUUCCGGUGUAACGUCGACUGCAAAAAUGACCCGCACAAUUGUAUUAGUGAAACACUCUUCAUGGAGAUAGCGGAAAGAAUGGCAGCCGAUGGUUAUAAAGAUGCCGGAUAUGAAUAUGUUAUCCUUGACGACUGUUGGAUGAACAAAAGCCGAGAUGCUCAAGGUCGAUUGAUUCCGGAUCCCGAGCGAUUUCCGAAUGGAAUAAAAUUUCUUGCGGAUUUUAUUCACUCCAAAGGCUUGAAGUUUGGGAUUUACGAAGAUAUUGGAACCAACACGUGUGGCGGCUAUCCUGGUAUUCAAGGGCACGAGAAGCAGGACAUCCAAACAUUUGCUGAUUGGGGAGUUGACUAUGUGAAGCUCGAUGGCUGUUAUCAGGAUUCUUCAGAGUUUAAUAUGACAUAUCCUGAAGUGGGGAAGUAUAUGAACGAAACUGGACGCCCAAUGGUGUAUUCGUGCAGUUGGCCGGCAUAUGAAACCGGCACAAAUAUGACAGUUCCGUGGGAACAAAUACGCGAUACCUGCAAUUUGUGGAGGAAUUAUGACGACAUUCAGGACAGUUUGGCUAGUAUGACGGAAAUCGUGGAAUGGUUUGCGCAAAAUCAGGCUGCGUUGGUGAAAAUUGCCGGGCCAGGGGCUUGGAAUGAUCCAGACAUGCUGCUGUUAGGAAAUUUCGGAUUGUCAUACGAACAGUCUAAAGCACAGUUAGCGCUCUGGUCGAUGCUAGCCGCUCCUUUGAUUAUGUCCAAUGAUCUUCGCCACAUCCGCCAUGAUAUUCGUAAAAUACUGCUGAACAAGAACGUUAUUGCUGUGAAUCAGGAUAAACUAGGAAUUCAAGGAAUGCAGAUUUUCAGUUCGCAGGCUAAGAGUGUUGAAGUAUGGGCGCGUCCUGUAGAGCCUACAGCAGUUAUUAACAACAAAACAAGUUAUUCCUUUGCUGUUGUUGUUUGGAACAAAAGGGACGACGGCACACCUUAUCCCUGGUCGCAGUCCCUUCAGACGUACGGUUUGACUGAGCCCAGUGGUUAUUUUGUGCGUGAUCUGUUCAGCAACAAAGAUUAUGGAUAUUUCCGACCGGCAGAUAUUAUUUCGUUUAAAAUCAACCCUUCCGGCGUAAUGAUGUUCAAAGCGCAGCUAGCCGCGGGUACCGGCACUGACUUCAAACGGAACAUCAGUCCAAAGAAGUUAAUAGGUCCGAAGCGCAACGUCAUCAUGGAAUAAUUAUAAGUUUGUUGUGCUUUCCACUGCAUGUAUACAUACAUACCGUAACAUAUGUGCGAUUGCUUUUCGUUUUGAUUUCUUGUUAAAAUAACUGUCUAUUAGUGUGACAGCAGCACCUGCUUGACGCAAAUCAGGAAAAAUGCAUAAUAUAAUACUAGGUGUUAAUGAUGCUAGAAAAAAUAUUUUUUGGAUUAAUUUGAGCGAUUUACAGCGCUCGAUUCUGUAAGUUUGUACUUAGUAAUAACUUAAUGUGCUUACUUGUUGCGUUU